AGCGUGAAAUAGAACAUGGUUGUUCCAAAUUCAACCCCCAAAGAUGAAGAGAGCACAAACAAGAGGAUCACCCUCAAGAUUCUGAUACCCGGAGUUGUGGCAGGGAGCAUCAUUGGUAAAGGAGGGGAGUCGAUUAAAGAGCUGAAAUCUAAAACGAAUGCGGUGGUUAGGGUUUCUAACCGGGAUGAGAUAUUCCCCUUUACUGACGAACGGAUUGUAUUGGUGGUGGCUCCUCCUGACAGUAUAAUGGAAGCAGUCACCUUCAUCCAUUCCAAGUUGAGAACAAGUCUGUCCGAAGAAAAAGGCAAAACCUCUAAAAGAAGGGGUGUUAACAGACUGAAAGAGAUGAAACUUAUUGUAGCAGACACUUCAGCUGGUAAAAUCAUCGGGAAGAAAGGAGAAACUGUGAAAAAGAUCCAAGAGGAGAACAAAGUGAAAGUGAUGCUGACAAGUAAAGGAGACUGGGGCGUGGUCCCAGGAGAACGAGUAGCAACCAUAUCUGGAGAGGAGGACAAUGUUAACCAUGCCAUUGAGGAAAUGCUCGCUGUUGUAGCGAAAGACCCCCACGCUCGGCUGGAGAAGUCCCUGGUGUACCCCCAAUACCCCAUGUUUGAUAACUUUCUCUACCAUGGACCUCCAGACAGUUUGUACAGAGGACCUCCCUCUCCUAGGAAAAACGUAGGCCCUCCUCCGCGAUGUGGCCGAGGUGGAUUUGACAUCACCCCUCGAUACGAUGGUUAUCAGAGUGAGCAACCCUUCCCCAGGCGAGGCAGGGCACCUCCUCCCUUUUACUAAAAAAACAGCUCUAAUGUUGAAAACUAUAAUUUUGGUUGCAUCAGAUACUCAGAUAUAUAGCUUUUUUCUCUUUUACGGAUGAUAAAUGAUAAUGAUACAAUGUUGAUUUGCAACCUUUAAUAAUAAUUUAAUAGUUUUUUGUGAUAUGCGGAUCAAGGUGACCAUUAAAAUAUGUUAUUAUGUACUUGAUGUAAUUUAUAUGAAUUUUCUGUACGGGAUUUGUAGAAUUUGUAAUAAGCUUGCCAUUUAUGUGAUGACUCAAGUAGAAGAAAAAGGGGUCGCGUGUUGUGGUUCAACAAAUUUCCUUGCUUUAAAUUAUUGCAGUGAAGCUUCAUAAUGGGGUUAAAACGGUAGCUGGUUCGGAAGGUUUUUCAAUUUUAUGUAGAAUAUUUGGUAUCCAAAGAAGAGUUUUGCUGUUUAAUGUUUAUUUCUAUUUAUAUCGGUUAAAUAUAUUUUUAUUGUUGGACAAUGAUAAUACUUUCAAAAUUAAAUGAAUGUUUCUUUGUAAGGAAGUAAGCACUCGAUGUUUUUGUAGCUGUGUUCUGGAAGAAAAUAAGAUGUGAUUUUUAAUUGUGUGUUUCGAAUUUAUCAUUUGCAUUUAUAGACAUA